GUCACCUCCCCCAUGGACUAGAUAGCUUCCUGGAUAAUGUCCCCUGCAAAUUAGAAGGAUGCUAGUCCCAACUGAACUCUGCAAAGAGCAAAUCAGUGCUGGCUUCUCAAGAACCAGCCUCAUUCACCAUUGUCAGAAGGGUUAACUGUCAAGAUGGUACAUGCUGAAGCCUUUUCUCGUCCCUUGAGUCGGAAUGAAGUUGUUGGGUUAAUUUUCCGUUUGACAAUAUUUGGUGCAGUAACAUACUUUACAAUCAAAUGGAUGGUAGAUGCAAUUGAUCCAACCAGAAAGCAAAAAGUAGAAGCUCAGAAACAGGCGGAGAAGUUAAUGAAGCAAAUUGGUGUGAAAAAUGUGAAGCUUUCAGAAUAUGAAAUGAGUAUUGCUGCUCAUCUUGUAGAUCCUCUUAACAUGCAUGUUACUUGGAGUGAUAUAGCAGGUUUAGAUGAUGUCAUUACGGAUCUGAAAGACACUGUCAUCUUACCUAUCAAAAAGAAGCAUUUGUUUGAAAAUUCUAGGCUUCUGCAGCCUCCGAAAGGUGUUCUUCUCUAUGGGCCUCCAGGCUGUGGUAAAACGUUGAUUGCCAAGGCUACAGCCAAAGAAGCAGGCUGUCGAUUUAUUAACCUUCAGCCUUCAACACUGACAGAUAAGUGGUAUGGAGAAUCUCAGAAAUUAGCUGCUGCUGUUUUUUCUCUUGCCAUAAAGCUACAGCCUUCCAUCAUCUUUAUAGAUGAAAUAGACUCCUUUCUUCGAAACCGUUCAAGUUCUGACCAUGAAGCUACAGCCAUGAUGAAAGCUCAGUUUAUGAGUCUCUGGGAUGGACUGGAUACUGAUCACAGUUGCCAGGUCAUAGUGAUGGGAGCGACUAACCGUCCUCAGGAUCUUGACUCAGCUAUAAUGAGAAGAAUGCCUACAAGAUUUCAUAUCAACCAGCCAGCUCUAAAACAAAGAGAAGCAAUCCUGAAACUCAUUUUGAAAAAUGAAAAUGUGGACAGACAUGUGGACCUGCUAGAAGUUGCCCAGGAAACUGAUGGGUUUUCAGGAAGUGACCUUAAAGAGAUGUGUAGAGAUGCUGCCCUCCUCUGUGUCAGGGAAUAUGUUAAUUCUACAUCAGAGGAAAGCCAUGAUGAAGAUGAAAUUCGGCCUGUGCAACAACAGGACCUGCAUCGGGCAAUUGAAAAGAUGAAGAAGUCGAAGGAUGCAGCGUUUCAGAAUGUUUUAACACAUGUUUGUUUAGAUUAAGAGUAAACGUCAUUUGUGCAGGUCAGUGCAGCCUGGUUUGGUGUGCCCUGUUAUCAUUAGUGGAAUAGAAUGGAAGGAGUGGUGUUCUUACACAGUGAGGGAGUUGAAUGACACUGGUUUUAUACUCUGACUUCUAAGUUAUUGAGACAUGGUUGUUAUAUAAAUGGUAUUGCCACUUGUCAAAAAUCAUGAGGAGGAACAAUUUAAUCCAGCCUGCCUGUGGGUGCUUGUGUUUGGCCUCUUUAGCCAUAUGUUGCAGCCUUAUAACAUCUAAGCUUGUUUUAAAGUGACAGGUGAGUCAUUGAGUCAUAGGUGAGAAAUGGAGAUGUGGUUAAGUGCUGCUUUCUAGAUAUGUGAGCGUGUGUGUGUAUUGAAUGUAUAUAGUCACACAUUUUAUAUUGACAUUCUGUAGAUAUGUUUGAAUACAGAAACUUUUUUUUACCCCCAACUACUGAAUCAAAAAGUACUAAAUGCUUUAUAGCGAAAAUAAGAUUUAGGGUUGUGUCUAUAAGGUACAGAGAUUCAGCCAUUUUCAGUUGUCACUUGUUUCAGCUUUUUUUAAAGUUGAGCAUUCUCUGAAGUUGAACAGUUGGAGUCAGCCACAUCUGAAUACUUAGAUGUGGCUCAAUUAUUAUGGUUGUCAGGAUAAUCGUAUAAUAAUACUUGUUCAGAGAUCAGCAUUGAAUGGUUUUCAGGCAGUUGCGUGAUCAACACCAAUUUCACCUUUCCACAAGCACACUGAGUAGAGACAUUUAUAAAUUGAUAUAUGUAAAGGUGAUUGAAAGCCAUUCAAAAGAAUAGCUUAGAAAAACCUCAGUGCCAUACAAUACAUGUAUGUGACUUUCCCUUUCUUCAUCUAAUGUUGCCUAGUUCUGUUGUAACCAUGGUUUUUUAAUGUUAUUUUAAAGUUAUGUGUUCUUUAUUUAUGGUCAAAUCUAAUUUGGUCAUCAAAAAUAAAAUAAUUUAAAACUAGUAGCUGUUACUAAAUAUGCUAAAAAAAUAUUCAUUUUAUAACUGAAAUUUAAAAAGUUUUCUCAGCAUAUUAUAAAUUGUGCCCCAGUUAGUACAAAUAUACCCAUCAAAAUUCCCAUAUUGUACCUGCAGUCACUGAGGCUGUGUGUGCUAACAUGUCAGCUAAACAUGUUUUUGUCCACAAUUUCACUAAUUAGAAUUCUGUUACGGCACUUAAACAUGCAGCAUGAGGAGCGUGGCACACUGUGACAGAGGAACCUUCUGAAUCAUCAGAAAAAUUAAAUUGUGCUCUUUAUGUGUUUUUUUUUUAUUGUACUUCUUUGAAAACUCAAUCUUUAUUUGUGCGUUAUUGGAGUAACUUUUUGAUAAGUCUCAUUAGAACCUGCUGAAUAGUUGGUUCUUCAGUUGUGCUUUGGUGGGUGGGGUUGAAGUUCUAGGAUAACACUUUGGAUAACAAAAAUCAAGUCUUGAAAAAUUGUGAAGAUGAUUGAAAAAUUGAAUGCAAAACACAAGAUACCAAAAAAAUAUAGUCUCCAUUUUUAAUAAUUAUACUAUUAUUUUAUAAAUGUGUAAUAAAGAGGUCCCUCUUAAUUGAUUUUUCUCUA